AUGAAGGCCAGUUAUAUCGCUGUGACAUCUGCGGGGAAUCCUAUGGGCGCAAUGACGUUCUGCAGCGGCACGUUGCUGCGCAUGAGGAUACCCGGCAAAUACGGCCACGAGCCUACAGUACCUGUGGUUCCAAAACCACCGAUUGGUGAAUCCAUUGUCACGCCAAGGAAGCCGGAUAAUGUGUAUGUCUUCGCACGUUCCCGAGCAUAUACCAAUCCUACCAGUUCUAGCCCUGAACUUAGUGUGCCUGAUGGUACAAGCCACUUGAAAUGGGUUCUUCGAGGGUUAUCUGCGUCGCCACUUAGAUCGGACCCAAUUCAAGAUGCAGAAUCUCCUGAUGAACUGAGGAGGUGGUUGCAACUGUGCUUCAAAUCCUACGUGGCCAAGUUCCACUACCGAUGGCAUAUCAUCACCGCACCAACAUACGACUUCAGCGAAAAGCCCUUUGAUAAUGCAGCCUCCGUCGUCAUGAUUGGGUCUUACUUUCUAGACCAUGUACGCUGGAGGAAUGCGGCGAUCGAUAUUCACCGUUGUUUAGUUGAUAGCUAUUUCCGACUUCUAGCCAAACCUCUGGAACGAAACAAACUGCCUGCUAAUGCCAGGCGGCUGGAAACUUACCAAGCUAUUUUGAUGAAUAUUGUGUUUGGAAUGUAUUUAGGUGACAAGAGAGAUGUGGAAAUCCAAGAGAGCGAUUUUCCUGGGACCUAUGUUCUUUGGGUAGAGAUGGUUCAGGAUGAAUGGAAGAGACUUAUAGCCAAUCUAUUCAAAGCUGAGACGCAUUUAUCUAUCUUCUGCCAACAACGCCCUCGACUUCUCGAUGACGAACUCGACGCAACCUUGCCGUCUACUUUUGCAUUACGAAACUGUUAUCGUCUGGACAUUUUUCUUCAACGGUACCAACGAGAGCGCGAUACUCAGCACCGGAAUCAUAUAAAACUACCGUGGAUGAUUAGGAAUCCUCACAUGUUCCUAUCUGGUUCACUGCUUAUUGAGGAUAUUAACCUUGGCCUAUGUGGCUUACUUUUUGACGUUAUUAGCCAAUCACAACACUUUCGUAUCUUUUCAGAUAUAUUUCAAGACCCUUCAGCAGGAACUACACGUGAUAGAGUCUUGCAGCGGCUCUCUCUCUGGGCUACACAUAUACAAACCGCAGCAGAUCAAUUCACCGCUGCUGCAGAUGCUAGCUGUAUCACUGAUAAUGGUAUUGAUACAACUGACCCUUUUCUGGAGCCGUUCCUCGGAGAGGAAGAGGAGACGUACCCAGAGAGCAAUUGGAGGAUGCUGGUUAGCUUCCGAGCCAAGACUCUCAUCCAUGAGACGACGGUACUUUAUCACUUACUCCAUAUUCUUCUAUCUGUGGAUCAUCUACGAACUAUAGCGCACUUGGCAGUUACACAACUGCCUGGCUAUAGAAUUACCAGUGAACAGACCAAGAUAAGACGAAGAAACGAGAUCGCUGAGAUUGGGAAGUGGGCUGGGUCAAGUGAGGGCAGACAUGGAAUCAUUCAUGCGCUUGCUGUGCUGCAAGUCGCUGAUGUGAUGCUGCAGCGAGAGGAAUCCCAUGAUAGCAGUCACCACCUUGAUUACAUUGUCUAUGUAGCCGUUGCUUACGGAGCUCUCAUUUUUGCCGGUUGGCUGGGUCACAUAGACACCGUAUGCCGUUGCAGCGAAGGAGAAGCUCCUAUAAAUCUCGAGGCUACAGCGUGGGAAAUCGACGAAGGCCAGAUUCGCCGUGCUUGGGUCGAACAUGGAGGCCGAGCUUCGGCUAAAGGGAUCGCUCUAUGUAAGUGUUCUUCAAGCGCUUGGAUUGAGCGAUUUGCGACCUACUUUCCAAAAACGCCGACGUGGGAGAUGGCUGGCAUCGUUGCACCCAUGUUACAGCCGUUGAUGCACAUGGCGGACGAAUAG